GUAUAGCGGCUGACCCACUUGUCAAGCCAAACACCGGCAGUUUGUACUUUAGGAAACUCACACAAAGGAAAUCUGGGGACUACAAGACUAAACAUUGCAGUAACUGUUUCCUUGACCAAGGCGGGGGACACACGGGUAAAGCGCAGGAUGGGCUGCAUGCAAUCCACCCUUGGCGAAGCUCUGAACGGCAGUGUGCCAGAGAAGAGCAGACAGCCGACUGAUCAAACAGACCAAAAGCACUAUGUCAGAGACCCCACCUCCAACACAAAACCAAAAAAGAGUGACUCCCUGCUACCUGGUCAGGUAUUCCAACAGUUGGAAGAGCAAACCACGGUUGGCAAAAUAGUGGUCGGUAUUUACCCUUACAAAGCCGUGCACCCAGAUGACUUAGCGUUCAAGAAAGGAGAGAAGUUGAAAGUCUUAGAGGAAUGUGGUGAGUGGUGGAAAGCUAAGUCACUGAUAACCGGCAAAGAGGGAUUCAUCCCGUCCAAUUACAUCGCUAAAGCCGACACCAUGGAAGCAGAAGAGUGGUUUUUCAAGGACAUCGCAAGAAGGGAUGCGGAGAGGCAGCUGCUGGCUCCAGCAAACAAACCGGGCUCUUAUCUUAUCAGGGAGAGCGAAACAUCAAAGGGGAGUUAUUCAUUGUCCAUCAGAGACAUCGACCUUCAGAGGACAGAGUCAGUCAAACACUAUAAGAUAAGAACGCUGGAUAUGGGUGGAUACUACAUCUCUCCAAAAAUCACAUUCCUUGACAUCGGCAGCUUGACCAAACACUACCACACCAAACCGGAUGGCCUGUGUCGUAAACUUGAACGCCCAUGUGUAAAACCCAAAGCCCAGACACCAUGGGAUAAAGACGCCUGGGAGAUCUCCAAAGAUUCCAUUAAGAUGUUGAGGAAACUGGGAGCAGGGCAGUUUGGGGAAGUCUGGAUGGCUUACUACAACAACUCAACCAAAGUGGCGGUGAAGACUCUGAAGACCGGCACGAUGACGGCUGAAGCCUUCAUAGACGAAGCCAACGUCAUGAAGACACUGCAGCACGACAGGCUGGUGCGUCUCUACGCUGUCGUCACCAAGACACCCCCCAUCUACAUCAUAACCGAAUAUAUGGAAAAUGGCAGCCUACUAGACUUCUUAAAGAGCAAUGAAGGGUGCAGACUGCAACUGCCCAAACUCAUCGACUUCUCAGCGCAGAUAGCAGAGGGCAUGGCAUACAUAGAAAAGAAGAAUUACAUCCACAGGGACCUGAGAGCAGCGAAUGUCCUGGUCUCAGAGAGUCUGCUCUGUAAAAUCGCUGACUUUGGACUGGCAAGAAUCAUAGAGGAUGACGAGUACACUGCGCGAGAGGGAGCUAAAUUCCCCAUUAAGUGGACGGCACCAGAGGCCUUCAACUACGGCUCUUUCACCAUCAAGUCCGACAUGUGGUCCUUCGGAGUUUUGCUCUACGAGAUCGUCACCUACGGGAAGAUUCCUUACCCAGGUAUGACUAAAGGGGAGGUGAUGUCCUCAGUGCAGCGUGGCUACAGGAUGGCGCAGCCUGACAACUGUCCUGCUGAGCUCUACGAAGUCAUGAUGUGCUGCUGGAAAAAACUGCCUGAAGACAGACCCACCUUCGAUUACCUGCAGAGCGUCCUGGGAGACUUCUACACUGCCACAGAGGGACAGUACCAACAACAACUAUAGAGAGAGAGAGACGGACACUUCCAUGAAGACUUUGACAAAUAACUUCUCUCCACUUCUACUACUUCAAAUAUGUGUUUUUAUUCAGAGAUAUUUUUUAUACAAAAAUUACACAUUCUAUCCUUAUUAUGUUUGCAGUUGAGGACAUCCAGCAGGUACCAGUAUAUAUGCACUGUGGCCACUUACCUUCUCUGUGUAGAAAUACAUUUUUUCCAUUGCUGUUGACUAUCACCCCGAAUAAUUAUCUGCGAUACAUUGAGGAUUAAUAUUGAACAAAAUUGAUUUUAAAAACAGCUAUGCCUUAUGUAAAAUAUACCCUUGUGCCCAAUCCAGGCAUGUAAAUAUUUGGGCCGAACAGGCUGUUAGCUCUCCAUAUAUUUUCUAAAUAUGUGUUUGUGUACAGAGGAUCUGAACAAACAGCUGACUUCAUGCAAAGAGUUUGCAAAUAUACAAGAGCUGGAAGCUGCUCAAACACUGGGACACUCCUCUUAUGUACAAAAAAUAUUGUUAAUGCUUUUUUAAUUCUGCUGCUUGCUGUUUCCCUUCAUAUUGAAGCGCUGUAGCCUCUGCUUAUUUUGUAUGUUUCAGGAGAUACAUGUAAAAUCUGUUUGUCUUUAUUAUUUCAUCUAUAUCAUUUGAAACAUGGUCUUUAUAUUAUGUGAUCUUUUUGACGUAAGUGGGUUUGACACAGGGAGGCUCUUGGUGUUCUCUUGGUGAGUAAAAGAAAAAGUAACUUUAGUUUAACUGUAGCACAUAAUCACAUGGGUUGCCUUAUACAGUACAGUGUCAGUGGAAUGAUUGAGCUGUUGGUUUGUCACGUAAAGAUAAUUUGAGCUGUAUACUUUUAGCUAUGUGAAUGAGAAUGUGUAAAGACUAAAGAAAUAUGCAAUAAAUUACUCUGUGUUGGG